AUGUUACGUAAUGAAAUAGCUCGAGUUCGUCAAUCGAAUCGAGAGAAUGUGAUAGCACAUGAACAAAUCUAUGAACAUGAUCCACAAUCUGAAGACAAUCACAUAAGAAGAGAGAUGGCAGUAGAAAAUUAUCCGCAAUCUAAUAAGAAUGAUCGUAUAAACAGAUCAGUUAUGGUUCAAAAUUGUCAAGAAGCUGAAGAAAAUGCGGUAUUACAUGAAGAAGUGGCUCGAUAUCGUGACAAACAUGCUGAACUUCUCGAACGCUUCGCAAAGAUCAACGAAGAAAUGAAAAAGAAAAAAAUUGAUUCUUUCGAAGCUCUUGUUCAACAAGACAAGGCAAUGAUGAAAAUUCUGAUUGAUCUUGCUCGAUCAACCGAGCCGAUUCCAAUGGAAGGUAACAACAUUGGAUUAUUCGGUUCAACAUCCACUGGUAAAUCUACUAUGCUUAAUAGUUUACUUGGAAAGAAAGUAGCUGAAACAGGUGUCGGUGAAACAACAACUAAAAUUACACCUUAUCAAGGUAUGCAAUAUACAUUAUGGGAUGUUCCUGGUCGAAAUGAUGAAAUCAACUAUCUCAGUAUGGAAUAUAUCUCAUUCUUCAAAGGUCUAACAAGACGUUUGAUUCUUAUUCAAGCAACAAUAAAAGAAAACUCAAGUAUGAUGAAGUUGUUGGAUGAGAUCGGAUUACGAUAUGAUAUUGUCUUCAACAAAUUCGACAAAGUGGAUGAAGAAGAACGAACGGCUAUCCAGCAACAGAUUUUCUCUGAAAUAAAAAAUCUUGGCUUGAAAGGAGUGGAUAAUGUGUUCUUCAUCAGUGCAAAUCAUCCUCAAAUGUUCGCUGAUUGGAAGUUGAUAGUCGAUUAUCUGAAACAUUCGAAUAAUUGA